AGCGCCGCGCGCGGGCCGGCCAUGGCGGCCAUGGCGGCGCUGCGGCCGCGGGUGGCGGCGCUGGGCCGGCGGCUGGAAGGGAGCGGGGCCCGCGAUACCUUCUUAGCGAAAGGCUCUGCUAAUCUGGACAAGUUGAAGGACCUCUGCAACGAAGGGAAAGAACAUCCUUCCACGCUUUUUCAGCUCUAUACCCAGGCUGUCCUAGACAUUACAUAUUUUGAGGAAAACCAACUUGUGGAUGAAGAUUUUCCGGAAGAAUAUUCCUUGCAAAAACUUAAAGAACUUAUUUGUGUUCUUUCAGAACCAGAAGACCUAAUGAGGGAAUGCAGCAUAAAAGAAGAACCCAUCAACAUCCUUGGUGCAGAGUUGUUAGAAUGUCUUUACUGGAGAAAAGGAGCCCUGCUUUACAUGUAUUGCCACACAGCUAAAGAAAGGAGUGAAUGGCUACAAGGAAACAUUGCCAUAUUUAAAAAGUGUCUUAAUGAUGGAGUUCAUUACUUGAUGAAGAUGCUUAGCUUCAGAUGCCCUCUUCAGGUAGAUGAAGAUGUCUCUCUUCAAGAUAAAGACACAGCUAGAUUACUCAGUGAAGGUAUAUUUAGUGACACUCAUUUACUGGCAAUGAUGUACAGUGGAGAGAUGUGCUACUGGGGACUGAAACACUGUGGAGAAGGGAAGCAGGAAAGCCUUGAGUCCAUAGAUUCUGUGUCUAACAGUGACCUGGACAGCAGACCACAGAGCAUACCGCUGGAUUUUCAAGAAACUGGGAGAAUCAUGUUAACAAAGUAUGUGGCCGUAUGUGAGGGACCCUUAAAAGGUCAAGGGUGGAACACAACAACUGCAAAACAACUGCUGCAUUACUUUGUGAAAUCCCACAACUAAGAUCCACUGCGUUGUCUGCGCUAGAAGAAAUCCUGCGGCACAAGAGCACGCUCUUCCGUGACUGAC